AUGGCUUCCAGGGCUGGUGGAUCCAUAGGCCGAGGUGCAGGCAGGGCUCAGCGCAGCGCACCGGGAUCUCCACCACGACCUAUGCAGGGGCGAGUAGGGGAUGGACCGGGAGGAGCCGGCGCGAUCUUCGUUGGGGGGUUGCUUACCGUACCGGCGCCGACCUCUCGUCGCUCUUUCCGUUACGACGGCCCUCGACCCCCUCCUUCGGGGCAGACGCAGACGCAGCCGGAGAGCGGCAGUGAGGAGGAGGAUGAGGAGGAGGAUGGUGAGGGCGAGAAGGAGGAGGACACUGAGGGGAGCGGGGAUGACAGCGAGGCGGCGUGGAACCCAGAGACGCAUGGCGGUGGGGAGGGGGGAGAUGAUGAUGAUGAAGACCACGAGAUGGAUGGGUUGGAGCCAGAGGGGCGGGAGGAGGAGGUGGGAGAGGGUGGUGGAAGGGCGGCGACAGAGGCGGGAUCACAGCAUGUGCGUGAAGGGGGAGGGAGCGUGGGGGUUAAGGUGGGGGGGAGAAAGGCCGUGACCAUUAGGGAGCCGAGGCAGAGGAAGAAGGCCAACAAGUUGAGGGAGCGGGCGUAUCCCUGCACGUUCACUGGGGAGCCCUUGGGCGAGGGUGUGAUCGCUCCCGAGUUCCUAGACGAGGACGGAGGGUCCGAGAGUAGUAAGGGGACUGGCAAGGGGGAGACGUUUCCCCGUGGGGGCUACAAGGGAGUGCCGGAUGGCUACGUAUAUCAGUGGCCACAUGCCAAGACUUGGCCGCAGCUCGCCAAGGAGAAAGGGAUGGCGAUUGGUGGAGGUCAUGGUUCAGGCGGGAUGGAGCGGUGGAUGACAACCAAACUGACCUCGGUGCAGCUACGGCAGGCGAUCACAAAGCUGGUGGUCACCUGCGACCUCCCCUUCCGCAUCGUCGAGGCCGAGGCUUUUCGUGAGCUACUCAUCCUGCUAAACCGCAACUGCGCGCAGAAGAACUUCAUCCCCUCGCGCUGGACGGUUUCCCGCGACACAGUGGUGUAUGCGGCUGCCGCUCUUCAGUCAGCCAUUGCGGAGAUGCUGACGAAGGAGGGGGAGCUGGGGUGCAGGGUGUCGUUCACCAUCGACAUGUGGACGUCGCCCAACAACAGGGCGUGGCUAGUGGUAACAGGUCACUGGAUCGACGAGAAUUACCAGCUGCGCACAAUGGUGUUUGAAUUCCGCGAGAUUCACGGGCGUCACACGGGCAAGCACAUGGCGAGGGUGGUUGAGGAGACGGUGGUGCAGUGGGGGUUGGAGACGCGUUGUCUUGGGUUCACCUUAGACAACGCCUCCAGCAACACUGCCGCUUUCAGGUGUUGUGCACCACCAGAGUUCGCCAUUGAAGGCAAGGGGGAGGAGGAGGACGACGAGUGGGAGGAGGAGGAGGGGGAGGAGGAGGAGCAGGAGGGGGUGGGUGCUGGCGACACCUCUGACGCGGAGCAUGCUGUUGUUGGUAGUAGCAGUGGUGUGCAGGCGUAG